AUGCCUGGACUCCAGGGUCUAGGGAGCCAUAUCAUCUCCAUCUACAUGAUUGUAGACCAAACCAAGAGCAUCCAUAAGAUCGCUGUCACUCCCUUGAAUCAUAGCACAGGUUCAACCCAGGUUGUGGUCGUAGCCCUUGCGAGCCCAGACCUUGUCACCUUCGAUCUGCCCACCAGCCCAAGUCACGCCCUCCUUGGUGUUGUGGCAACCACAUCCGCAGUUGGGGCACAGCCCACCAUCGUGGUUCAUACCACACCAAGCCUCCUUAUCGCAAUCCGAGUCCUUAGUGCACCACCAUUGACCCAUAAGGCCCUCACUCUUGUCUUCGGGUUCACCACAUCGCUUCCAGCAGUAUCCGUUGGUACAGCCAACACUCUUUUCACUGUCUGCCAGACAUUCUCCUCGGAUGGGGUUGUCAGCAGCAAGGCAUUUUUCGCCUGCGGCAACGGUAGAGAUGAGAGUGGCAAAGAGGGCAAAGAUGGUGAGCUUCAUAUUGGAAUUCCUACGGUAAAAGAGCCAGGUUAG